AGAGAGAAAGAGUGAAAGCACAUGCACUCCCUAUAAUGGUCGGUUAAAAGUGGACACGUUCACCUUCGUCCUCACAAAAUUGAAUAUAAAGUCAUUUUAUUCAUCUCUACCUGGAUUAUUAUGUGUCAUUCUGAAGAGUUUUGUCUCCCGAACACGUGUUGAAGACUCAGAGACAUGUUGCUCAGGAGGAUUCCCUGCAACCACAGCCAGUCCUGAAUGUGUGCAGCAGCCAACUAUAUACUCCCACUGAGCAGACAAAGUGAGGGCUUGGCGAAUCCGGGCAGGCUGUGUGGGGGGGUGUCGAUGCCCACCCAUGCCCCUGGAGCCCGGUCACGUGGAGCCCCCCACGACCCAGAGAUGGACCUGGCCUGGCAGGAACUGAUGGCCAUCACAGAUCUUCAGGAUUUUGAGGUCCCCCAUGAUGGCCCAUAUGAAAGUAUUCAGUACCAUCCCACAGAGCCACCUAGAUCUCUGGGAAGUUAUAGCAUAGCUCAGUCUCACUCUCAUACACAGUCUCUCCCCUGUUGUGGUGAGACAAACCGUGAUGUUGCAUAUGAGGGAACCUACUCUGAUGUAAUGCCAGCCUGCCAGCAUCAGGAUACCAGUGAAUUAACUGAGGCAUUGUACAGACAUUCUGGAACUCAUUCUGGAGCCCAGCUGAAUCCCAGAGUUCUGAACCCUCUGCCACCACCGCAGAUGAAUUUUCUAGAACAAAUGAGUCUGAUGAGUGUCAGUGGUGAGGGGUCUGCUGGAAAAGACAAUGCUGGCCUCUCUCAAGGUUCGAGUCGACACAUGCUAGGGACUGAUCACAGGCAGGGCAAACACCAACCAUGCACUGUGGAUGAUCUGGAGUCUGACUCGGGCCUAUCGCUGGGGUCUAGCCCACCGCUGGCCUCACCGGAUGAUGUCAUGACCGGCGUACCUGCUUGUUCAAGCACAGAGGUUGGUCUGAACUAUAGUCACAGGGGGAUGGAGAGUAUGGGUGAGCAAGGUAGGAGAGCUAGCCUCCUUUACUCCUUGGAUUAUCAGCAGCAUCCUACCCAGUCCUACCCCUACGCAGGGCCGCACCCCUCUUACUUCCCUGUAACACAACCAUCCCAAAUGCAACCACAGCCUCACUUCCUGCCUCCCAUGUCAAUGAAACAUCAACAGGGUUUACAGAGUGCAUUGAAUGACUUGCACCUUAACAGCUCUGUCAGCAUAGGGAGCUCUUCUCAAGCGUUUUAUGUAAAACCCAGAGGCAACCCUCCUGUCCCUCUGAGCCGGGACGAACGCAGAGCUCACGCCCUCAAGAUCCCUUUCCCUCUGGGGAAGAUCAUCAACCUACCUGUGGAUGACUUCAACGAGCUCCUGACCAAGUACACGCUCACAGACUCCCAACUCGCCCUUGUCAGAGACAUCCGCCGGCGGGGGAAGAACAAGGUGGCGGCUCAGAACUGCAGGAAGAGGAAGCUGGAGAAUAUAGUUUACCUGGAGGGAGAGUUGGGUCAACUGCAGGCUCAGAGGGAUCACCUGGCCAGAGAGAGAAUGGAGUUCCAACGCAAUCUGGCUAUUGUUAAACACCGCCUCACAGACUUGUAUGCGGAAGUGUUCUCUCAGCUCCGGGAUGAGGAUGGACAUCCCUACUCUAUAGAGGACUACUCUCUACAGCAGACCCCUGAUGGGAACGUAUACCUGGUGCCACGUACUGACGUGUUGGAUGGAGAAUAAUGUAAAGAUGAAAUCUAUUGGACAGCUAUUGUAUACUGCCUCACUGUUUAUAUACCAUUAUGAAAUGUUGAUACAUCUACAGUACAGUAAGAGCCAUUAAGUAUACUGAACAAAAAUAUAAAACGCAACAAUUUCAAAGAGUUUCACUAAGUUACAGUUCAUAGAAGUUAAUUUAAAAUAGAUCAAUUAGGCCCUAAUCUAUGGAUUUCAUGACUGGGAAUAGAGAUAUGCAUCUGUAGGGCACAUACCUUUAUAAACAUUUUUUUUGAAUGGGCCUCAGGAUCUCACCACAGUAUCACUGUGCAUUCAAACUGCCAUUGCCAAAUGCAAUUGUGUUCAUUGUCCGUAGCUUGCCUGCCCAUACCAUAACCCCACUAUGGUUCACUCUGACAUCAGCAAACCACUCGCCCACACACGUUGUCUGCGGUUGUGAGGCAGGUUGCGCGUACUGCCGAGCUGUUUAAUCAGCUUCUUGAAAUGCCACACCUGAGUUGGAAGGAUUAUCUUGGCAAACAGUAAUGCUCAAACAUUUUUGUGCAUCUUAUUUCAGCUCAUGAAACAUGGGACCAACAUGUUAAUGUUUAAAGUGUAUGGCAGCUAAAAGUUAUUCUUUCAGAUACUGUGCUCAUGUACAAGCGAGUCAAUAGUUAGUUACAAGUGAAGUCAUAUGGCUAUGCUUGUUCUGGAUACAUGUUAUUCAAUGGUUAAGACCAGUGCCUUCAGAAAUUAUUUAUACCCCUUGACGUAAUCCAUAUUUAUUGAAAAAUGAAAUUUCACACAAGUAUUCACACCCAAAUCAAAAGCUGAUCCAAGUCAAAACUAGGCCACCCACAUUCAAUGUAGUCUUGGUAAGCAACUCGUGUAUGUUGUAUGGCUGCGUUUGUCAUUGUCCUGCUUAAAGGUGAUUUUGCCUCAGGGUCUGACGGAAAGCAGACAACCAGAUUUCCUUUAGGUUUUGCCAGUGCUCAAUUCCAUUGAACUAGAGAGAGAAAAAAAAAGUAGUCCUUGCGGAUAAGAACACCCAUAACAUGAUGCCGCCACAACUGUACUUAAGUGUCCAAAUUGCCAAGCAUAACACUAUUCAGGGCAUAGUAAUAUCUUGCCAACCGGAUGCAUGGUUGGAAUAUUUGUUCUAUACAGGCUUCCUUUUCACUCAUUUAGGUUAGCAUUGUGGAGUAUCAAUGUUGAUCCAGCCUCAGUGUCCUCCCAUCAGCCAUUACAGUUUAAGUCA